AAUUGAUCGGAGAUGCUGCUGCCUUCACGGCCUCACAAUAAAGUCCUACAUUUCGGCUCGGAAUAAACCCCACGUAUGAAUCGACUGAAGAAACGUCACGUUUUUGUGUUUUGUGGGUUUGCUUUCAGACGGAUCGGCAGGAAAGGACACAUUUGACCCGAAAGGAAGGAUGAGCAGCAGCCAAAUGAUAAUAGUAUCGAUACAAGGUCGCAUCAUUAUCGAUUAAAAUCGGAGCCAAUAGUAGUUUUCGCUUUUGUUGAGUUAUGUUUACACGAUUUACUGUAUUUUGCUCAAACUAUUGUAUGUAGUAAAAUUUUAUUAUUUUGCUGAUAAUACUACAUUGUGUUAUAUUCUGAAGCCAUAAGCAUCGGUAAUACUUUUCCUGUAUAUGCUUGGUAACGGAUCGACGCCAGAAUGUGCAGUGUGGCCCACUCCUCCUCUUAAAUGUCCGAUUAUCCUCCAGGCCCUGAAUGCAGCGUGGGUUCUGGGUUGGACAGGAAACGACGGGGACGCGCAGCGUGUCUUCUCCACGGCAAGUGAGAAGAAUGGGUGGCGGUGUGGAAUACGCGUAGAAGAGGCUGAGCGUGAAACCAUGAAGACGACGGACACUUUAAAGGAGUUACUGAACAAAACCGACAGUUGACCGCACAAAAGCGAAGAAGUGUGACGCAUCGCUUCCAUCGCCGCUGAUAUUUCCCCCCACCGGAGGACACAGCAGGAGCAGAGGACCCUCUUUGUCAAUCCCAUUUCAGUCGGAUAAAAGGCAGAGUGGAGUGGUGGUUUUGACUGAACUUUAACCUCAGUAGGAAGAGGGCCAAUCCACUUCAGAGAUGGAGCAGGUAUCAGACGACGAGUUGGAUCAUGGAGCCGAGGAGGACAGUGACAAGGAGGACCAAGACCUGGACAAGAUGUUUGGGGCCUGGCUGGGGGAGUUGGACAAGCUCACACAGAGUCUGGAUGACAGCAGACCCCAGAAGGUACUGCAGAAGCCUCCUCUCAGGCAGGAGACAAACAUGGCAAACUUCUCCUACCGCUUCUCAAUGUAUAAUAUCAACGAGGCACUGAACCAGGGAGACACGGUAGACUUGGAUGCCCUGAUGGCUGACUUGUGUACCAUCGAACAGGAGCUUAGUACCAUUUCGAAGCCAAACUCUCGUAGCCAGAGCAAGCGGGCGCCUGGGGGACGCAGUGCCAGCACCAAGCACGCAGGCGCCAGCGGAGGCGGAAGCAGUGGAGGAAGUGCCAGUAGCAGCACCAGGGCAUCUCCGGCCAACACGGUGCGAGGCAGCAGUUCCACCACACGCCCUGUUGCCUCCAACAUUUCCCUGGAUGACAUCACCUCUCAGCUGGAAAAGGCCUCUCUCAGCAUGGAUGAAGCCGCCCGUCAGACCUCCUCGUCUUCCUCGUCCUCUUCGUCCUCGUUCUCCUCCGCCACGCUGCGGCGACUCUCAUCCGGGUCGUCCGGCGGCGGGCAGCAUCGGCGGACGGGCUCGGUGGGUGCUGUGAGUGAACAAGAAGCUCCUUCCCAGCGCUCCAGCGUCAACUCGGUGUCCGCGUCCAGCAUGGACUCCCUGGACAUUGAUAAAGUGAUGGCGGCUGGAGAGGCGGACGGCAGGAGCAGCCCGACCUCGCAGGGACAAAACCAGACGAGCACAGAGCAUGUCACACUGCGGUGGGCCGACGGUAAAACGGCUAGGCGGCAACUCGACUUCACCUUGCAAGAGGGUGAAGUGGAUCGGGCCACUCACUCCUAUCUGGACCAAGAAACUUCGCUCAUUCUGAAAAGCAUAGCUGGAAAGCCUUCUCACCUCCUGACCAAGGAGGAGCAAGCCGCUAAGCUGAAGGCAGAGAAGAUCCGAGUGGCCCUGGAGAAAAUUAAAGAAGCUCAGGUCAAAAAGCUGGUGAUCAGGGUGCACAUGUCAGACGAGAGCUCCAAGACCAUGAUGGUGGACGAGAGGCAGACGGUCAGGCAGGUCCUUGACAGCCUGCUGGACAAGUCGCACUGCGGCUACAGCCCUGACUGGUCUUUGGUGGAAACCAUCAAUGAGCUGCAAAUGGAGCGUAUUUUUGAGGAUCACGAGAACUUGGUGGAGAAUCUGUUGAAUUGGACGCGGGACAGCCACAACAAGCUGAUGUUCAUUGAGCGCAUUGAGAAAUAUGCUCUCUUCAAGAACCCUCAGAACUAUUUGCUGGGGCGGAAAGAGACCUCUGAAAUGGCAGACAGGAACAAGGAGGCUUUAUUGGAGGAGUGCUUUUGCGGUGGCUCUGUCUCGGUGCCAGAGAUUGAAGGUGUGCUGUGGCUAAAGGAAGAUGGGAAGAAGUCAUGGAAGAAACGCUACUUCCUCCUCAGGGCUUCUGGAAUCUACUAUGUCCCCAAAGGCAAAGCCAAGGCAUCGAGAGAUCUUGUGUGCUUCCUGCAGCUGGACCAUGUUAAUGUGUAUUAUGGUCAAGACUACCGCAGCAAAUAUAAAGCUCCUACUGACUACUGCCUGGCCUUGAAGCAUCCACAGAUCCAGAAGAAGUCUCAGUAUAUUAAGUACCUGUGCUGUGAUGAUGUCAGGACUUUGCACCAGUGGAUCAAUGGAAUUCGAAUUGCAAAGUAUGGGAAGCAGCUCUAUGUGAACUACCAGGAGGCUAUGAAAAGAACAGAGGCAGCCUACGAUUGGUCCUCUCUCUCCACCUCUAGUAUCCGAUCAGGCUCCAGUUCUGCAAGCAUACCAGAAUUACAGUCUAAUCAUUCAGGGCAUUCAGACAGCGGUGUGGACACAGGUUCCUCUCAUGGUCGUUCCCAGAGUGUGGUGAGCUCCAUUUUCUCUGAGGCCUGGAAGAGAGGCACUCAAAUAGAGGAGAACACCAAGAUGCGAAUGGAGGCGUCCAGAGGGGCCACUUUGCCGCAUGCUUCCCACGGCCACCGCCAUCACAGCCAGCAUUCAGUUGACCACCCGGCCUUGACACCCCCUCCUCAGCCUCAGGCUCAUCCUCACCAACAGCCUCAACCACAGGGUGUAGAGCCGCACAUGCCGCCCCAGUCGCCUCAACAGGUCCCCCUGCCACAGUCGCCUCAGCGCUCACAGCAGCCUCCCCAACAACUGCAGCAUCUGCACACCAUGAGCAACUACAACCACGUGCCCCCACAACAGCCGCCACACCUUGGCAGCAACUACAGCCACAUGCCGCCACCGUCACCUCAACAGCAGCAGAUGCACUCAAACUACACCCAGGUGCCUCCCCAACAGGCGCCACACACAGUCAGCAACUAUAACCAUGUGCUCCCGCAACCGGCUGCACACACAGUCAGCAAUUACAACCAUGUGCCCCCACAACCGGCGCCACCAACUGUGAGCAACUACAACCAUGUGCCCCCGCAACCGGCGCCACCAACUGUGAGCAACUACAACCAUGUGCCCCCACAACAGCUGCCACCAAGUGUGAGCAACUCCAGCCCAUUCCCUCCCCCGCAGCAACAGCCCGCUCCUCCACCGCCUCCACCACCACCACCGCCACCACUGCCACCCCAGGUCCUAAGUGUGUCACACCACUCUCCGGCUCUCACCAUGUACAAGUUCAGCACGAUAAACAGGCUACAGAACCAGAAGUUCCCCCAGGGUGCCAGUCACCGCAGGAUGCCCACACAGCAACUUUCUCCGUCUCAGACAGCGCCCACCACACAGGCACCUAUCAAACCAAAUGUGAACCACAUUGCGGCAAGGACUAAUGUCCCGCCGCCACCCCCUCCUCCACCACCACCAUCGAUGCCAACCCCUGGCUCAGCCAUGGCCGUCUUGAAGCUUGGCUCUCAGAAUCCAGGUGUCCUCGCUGCCUUCAUCCCACAGACGAAUGGGGGAGCAUUUCCACCCCCUCCUCCUCUACCACCUCCAGCUGCACCGGGUCCAGUCAGCCAGUCAACUUACCACAUUGGGCUGAAGCAUGCACUGAAGGAAAGGUUUCCUAGCCCACCACGGGAUCUUUUAUCUGCAAAUGGAGAUCUUGAAGUGUCACCGACUCCCACCCCUGCUCCCCCGCCACCACCUCCCCCUCCUCCACCUCCCCCACCUCCUCCUCCACCUCCCCAGCAGACCCAUGUUCCUGCCCAGUUCCCGCCUCCUCCACCAGCACCACCCAAAUUCAUUACGCCAGGGUUUGUUCCCAAACCUAUGUCACCUGUCUCACCCUUCCCACCUGCCCCACCUCCCGCCUCCAUGGGUGGGCUGCCGCCACCGCCGCCGCCACCCCCUCCUCCACCUGCUCCCCUCAAGAAGCAGUUCAGUCUCCAGACAGGCUACACCUCCAGCCAGCCUCCGCCAACACUGCCCAAGCAGCACAGCCUGUCUAAGCCCCCAGCUGUUAGCACAGGUACCCCGCCUGUAACGUCAUUGGUGAAGCAGCUCACAAGUCAGUUUCCAGGGGCUUUAACUCAAGGAGCCCCGCUCUCCCCACCUGCAGUCAAGUCCAAACCAAAAUGGCAGCCUGGAGGCGGUCAGCAGCUACAGUCUCCAGAGUUCCCGCCCCCUCCGGACAGUGCUCAAGUCAACGGUGGUGGUUUCCCUGCCCCACCACCUCCACCACCAGCUCCCUUGGCCCCUGCCUCAUGCCCAACACCCCCACCCCCUCCCCUUCCACCUGGGAACAUGGGAUCCCCUGUGAGGAAGUCACCUUCUGGCAACUGCAGUCUAGGAGGUAAAAAACCUCCUCCCACCCCCCAAAGAAACUCCAGCAUCAAGUCCAACUCUUGUGCAUCCUAUGAGGAAUCUAGGAGGAACCUGCUCAGCAAGUUUGCUCCCCAGAGCAACACCCCUCCAUCCUCCCCAUCUCCCACCUCUGCCUCCACUGGCUCCCCAUCAAAGGAUCCAUCAGGGGGUCCCCCUGCACCCCCCAAACCUGGCAAGCUCAACCUGGCCAACCUUCCCUUGGCCCUUCAGGCCAAAGUGAAUCAGGCAAAACAAUCUGGUGGCGACUUCCCUUCCCCGCCACCCGAGUGCGCCUACUUCCCUCCUCCACCGCCAGCGUCUGAACUGUUCCCGCCUCCACCUGCUCCUGGUAGCGAUUCGCAUAGUGGUGGCCCUCCCAGAGUGGCUGUGGUCAACCCCCAGCCCCAAGCUCCCCCUCCUCCAGCUAUUUCUGUUAUCAAUAACUCUUCAUGGGGUAAGGGCUCGCUUAAAAAGACUCCUCCCCCGCCAACCCUUGUGCGCCGAAGCAACACCACGCCAGAGCCCCAACCACUCUCACCACCACCACAGCUCCCUCCACCCACCUCACCUAAGGGCAGCUCAGGACAGCCCAACUUCCUCGAGGACCUGAACCGGACCCUUAAGCGAAAGUCUGUGGGUCGGCAAGGCAAAAUGGACCCUGCUGGGACGAUGGAUGACAUGGCGCUUCCUCCACCACCGCCUGAGCUGCUCCUGGAUCAGGGCAACCAGAGCAAUGGAGGAAAUGGCGGCUACAUGUCCAGUAACAUCUCAGGCUAUGCAACACUACGACGGGGACCCCCACCUGCACCACCUAAACGGGGGGACGGCACCAAGCUUACUGGAGAGUGUUGAAAAGCAAAUGUGAGAAUAUUCCGCUCUGUUUUGGAUCCUAAUAACAAAUAGUCUGUGUAAAUACUUAAAGCCAAUUGACAUUGUGUUCAACAAGGGUUCACAUUUCUCAGAUGCUUGGGUUUCUCGAUCUGCAGGCAUUUGACAGCAUCUCUUCAUUCAUUAUAGCGGCAAGGUUUCAAACUGGAAACUCCCAAACUCUGGAAGGCGUCCUAUCCUGCAUUUGCAGCUUUUCAGACGUAUAUGUUUCAAAUGAUGUACUCUUGUUGUUCAUGAUGUGCACGUACCAUAUAAUGGCUUGGUGGGUUUUGAAGUUAUCCCUGGUUUCAAUUUGAUGCCACUCCAAAUCUUGUGAACGGUCAGGUAUGAGAACUUAAAGAGACUUCCGCACCUUUUGAAUAGCUCACGCCACACCUUUAGCGCAUCCAUGUAUGGCAACUCGCCAGGUGUAAGUUCCGUUGGUGACUUUUACUGGGGGGGUUUAAGGCAGCAAUGGGAAUAUUUUUUGCUUUCUGGGGAGCUAAAGACCCACCUUACAGUCACUACUCCUGAACAAAGCACAGUUUGACUGCAAAUUCUCCAAUAUUUCUCAAAUUCUUGACUGUUUGCUGAUAACCAGUUUAAGGGGCAUGUCUCUGUGCAGCGCUGGAGCCCACCCUCGAGCCCUGACCAAUCUCAACAGAGGGAGGCUGCCGACUGAGAGGAGAAGAAUGGAGAUUUACCAUGUACACAACUUUGAGAUGGCGUAUUUUAUCAAAAGAAACAUACUAUAGUGCAUCAUUUUAAAAGCCCCUGAAAUGAGCAAGAUAUGGCCGCUUUAACGAUAAAUCCCAUCUGGUGCACCAAGCAUUUGAACUAAACACAAAUCAAAACUAAGUAUCCAAGCUUCUUGUGCCACGUACGGGAAAGCUGGAAAAAAGGACCUUGCUCAGGCUGUAAAUGGGAGUGCAUGUGUGGUGCGAUUGCGGACUGAUAUGCAUUGUGCGCAUGCACGUACACACAUACAUAUGGUAGCAGGGAUGGAAGUGGAGGCCGAUGCGGAACAGGGACAGUUUGCUUUUGUGUGAAAUUAUUUAAGUGUAUUUGGGAUCAACGGAUGUUUGGUCAAAUGUGAUGAUGGAAUGUAUACUGGAAGUGAAACAUGGGUGUUGGUGGGUAAUACCGACCUUCAAUUCUGCGGUGUCUUAAACAUUUCUAGAGGGUCUCAUCUUGUGACAAAAGCAAAGUAGGAGGCCUUAUUCUUGAAGUCUUGCACAAUAGCAGUGUAGAAAGGAUGGUUUUUUUUUCUUAAGGCUCAGCAGACUGGGGCUGAAAUCGCGCUUUACCCUUUUUAAUCAAAUGCAAAACUUCCCAUGGACUUGUUUUAAAACGCCUCGUGGAGUGCUUUUUGUUGUUUGGUUGUUUUUUUUUUUAUCAGUUUGUACAGCUGAAGUUUUCCCCAUUGUCCCUGCCAAGUCACAUGAUCACAAUCCAGGAAGUAGACUGGCUUGAUCUGUGUGAUGGAGCCACAAAGCGACAUGUUGGCCUGCUUAAUGUACAGCGCAUCAACUCCUGUAGACCACAGAACUCAUUUGACAAACUUAAGACUUGAAUGUUGAUCUCAUAUGAGUGCGUCUGUUGUAUCUUGGCCUUCCUUUUGCAAGGUGCUUGUGCUGUUCUUACAUUGCAACAUGUGUGAGGAUGGCAUUUAUAUUUACGUCACCAUUUAAAAAUGAAAUUGAUUCGAGUGAUUUUCGUUUAAGAUGGGGUGGGGAAAAGAGUUGCCUGUGGUUUAACAUGUUACUCUUUUAUUGUACCCAACUCAGUUGUGGCAUAUCAUUUCGAAUAAAAAAAGUACAGUAUCACAAUCCCUAACAGGAUAUUUGCUACAGUUCUGUAAGUUAUUGACGUGCUCAUGUGGGACUUAAAUGGUUGCAGACUGAAUACGUGUCAUUGCAUAUAAACCGAAAAUCACAAUAUAAAUGUUCAAACAAUAAUCUGUCCCGCGUCAUUUGUUGUCAAACUCUGUCUUCCACACAGUGUUUUAUGAUGCAGUCCAAUCUAGCAGGGUAUUACCAAAUGCAAUCACAAUAUGCAAUGCGAAAACGCAAUUGGAAAAGACAAAUACAAAACAGGAAAAACAACGGCAAAUUUGAAUAAACUAAGACAAUACAGAAAACAUUUAGAGAAAAUAAUAACAAAAAUAUGACUACAUUUGUAUAUUUUUUUAUUAUUGAAUCUCUUUGUAUUUCCGCAUUUGUAUAUUUUUGUAUUAUUGAUUCUCUUUGUAUUUCCACACGUAUUCCCUUUUAAUUUUGGCACUCCUGUGAUAAUUUACCUCCUCAAGAUUGCGCCACACAGCUUCAUCCAAAUCUGCAUUCGUCAGCGCAGAUAUUUUUCCAAGACUUCCUAUGACAUCUUCCACCAACCUUAAAAUAUAAUCCGUUGGAAAAUUGUCCUCCACCAACCGAGCAAUUGCUCAUAAUUCUCGUUGAACACCUCUUCUCAAUUCGUCCACGUUCGUCCGCCAUAUUUAAAUUCCCCCCCGUUUACUUUUGAUAAACGUCUACUUCCUGUCCGUGAUAUUUUUGUCCGGGCUCCCGAGUUUCCAUAACUACAUAGCCCCUGCAAGCAGGAAUCGUGUAAUCACGCUGGAGUAGUCAUCAUCCUGGCAGAAUGACCCGCCCACAGCAUAGAUCGAGUUGACCUUGUCCAAAGCAGCCCCAAGUCCCCGGUCUGCCAUCGACUUCAGCUCAGCAUUGUACAGCGGGACGCCUAUUUAAAAACUUAAUGGUCACGUGACACGUGGCCGCUAAGUGCUCGGUACAGGAAUCAAACUCACCUGAGCGACUGCAGCAGAGCUAAGAGAAGCAUGUGCGGCUUCAUCUUGACGAGCACAAAAAAAAACGAAGCAUCUCAACACUUUAUUUGUAUGCCGGUGAAAUCUACUUUGCCCCGCCUCUCAGCCUCAAUCACCUCUGGCAAGUGUUCUCAACCUUUGUUCCGCGUUAUUGAUUCCACCCUGAUGUGCCAAUUCAAAUGAGGACAUUUUAAAACAGUGCUUAAACUUCAAUUCACUUUACACAAAAUAGGUUUAUAAAACAACACACAGAACACGUGCUGUGCAUAGGGCCCCGCCAUCCAUGGGGGCCGCAUUUUGUCUGGGCUUCCCUGCCUUGACUGCUGCCUCCACGACCUGACAUCGGAUAAGCGGAAGAAGAUGGAUGAUUGGGGUGCAUUGUCGGCAAAUGCGCAUAGGAUACACACCGAGUCACCUCGAGGCAGGAGAGAAAAAAAUAGACGAGUAAUCUGACGCCGCGCUCGUUGCCACAAUUAUUUUACCCACUCAACAGUCAGUCCCUGGUGGUGUAAUGGUACAGCUGCUACCCGUUAAGGCAGAGAACACAGACUUGAUCCCAACUCUGGGCAGUUUUUUUAAUAGUUAUAAUUUGUUAUUUUGCACUAAAACAAUAAAAAAAAAAGUCUGCUUUAGGUCCCGAUAUGGCCAGGGGCGGCUCUGCAAAUAGUAUUCAGUCAGUCCAAACACACGCAGAGCAAUCAGGCCUGUUUGUCAUGUUUAUGUUGCAGCUGCAAGCCAGAAAGGCAAAGCAAAUGCAGAAUUUUUGCACAUUUACCAUAAAAAAAAUAAAUGUCCCCAAGUGCAGUUUCCAGUCCCAAGCAAACAUGGAGUCAUCGUUCAACUGUCCCCAUCAGAAGCUCCAUGGCGGCCAGGAAGGAGACUUGAAAUUCCUGAUCUGAGAAGCGAGUCACCGACUGGCGUGCGUUGUGUCUUAUCUGGAGACGGUUCGUAGACGGUAGAUUGAGGAUCUUCUCGAUGGCCUCGGCGUAGCUGUCCUCAUCAUCUGCAAGGAAGCCCGUCUGGCCUCCCUCGAAGGGCACUACGAUGUCCAGCUUGGGACCACCAGACUUGUGGGCGAGGAUGACUUUCCCUGCUGCCAUGCACUCCACGACACCUGGAGAGGGGUUGCCAGAGGUGUCACACAUACAAUAAAAUUCCCAAACAGGUGAGUGGUGAUCAAUUACCUAUCCCAAAGUGCUCAUUCCACAUGGUGUGCAGUCCAAUAGUGGCUUCCUGCAACUCCCUCUUCAACUCUGCAAAGGGUACAUUCAGUUUAAACUCCACCUUGUCGGCCACGCCCUGCUCCUGGCAAAGCC